GAAAUCAAGACUUCACCUGGUUCUAAUGUUAUAUUUGUAAUCUUAUUAAUGACUUUUAAUGAGUUUUCAAUUUAAAAUGAAUCAAAAGGAACAGGUAAAGAGCUGAAUUCCUUUGUUAAAAAUUUUGAAAGAAAGUAAAUCGGUGAGUUGAUAUCUGAAACUAUUGGUCUCAUCGAUUUACCGGACUUAUGGAUCUUAGGUAAACAAUAUAAACAGGGUAAUGUGGGAUUACCCAGAACCAGUCUCGCGUUGAUAAUGCCCACAUAUGAAGCGAGCGAAACACGUGUCCGCUCAAAUAAAAUUAUUUGUGGUAAUUAGGGGUGAGUAUUCCUCUUAAUUUUCAAUUUAUUAUUAUUAUUUAUUCAUUAAACGGGAGUAGACUCCCUUUUAUAUAUCACAGAAGAAUAAUAUUUUGGCAGGUAUGUAAUGCGUGUAGACUGCCCCAAACAAAAUUUAAAAAAAGAACUAUUGAAGUCUUUCAUUUUUGUUCAUGAAACUUCAAUACUUUUAUUUUAUUACAGUCAAUGCUAUAAUUUUAUUCUAAUUAAGAGCGGAUAAUUUGUUUUGACUGCCCUGAAAAGUAGUUGGAAUUAUAUUAGGCUGCUCCUGGAAUUCUGUUUUUUUUUUUUUAUAGGUGACAUCAGGGUUAAUAUAUCUUGAGUUAAUAAAUCAUAAAAAGUGUUUGAUAAUUUUUUUUUCAGGUGGGGUUAUACAAUUUUAGGCCGUCUGUGCGCCCCGUACCGUUAGAAGUUCAUAUUUCAGGAUUUCCAGGAAAGCAUUACUGUCCAAGAAUGAUAUCAAUGAAUCGUCCCACAUAUCAGGCAAUACGUCAGCAUGCCCCAGAUAGUCCAGCUUUAGUUUUUUGUUCCUCAAGGAAACAGACGCGUCUAACUGCUAGUGAUCUCAUUAAUUAUUUAGCAAUAGACGCUGAUCCUAAACAAUGGCUAAAGUGUUCAGAAGAAAAUAUUGACAUGGUUGUUUCUACUAUUAGUGAUCCGGAUUUGAAACACUUUUUACCUUUCGGAAUAGGAAUACAUCACGCAGGUUUACAAGAACGUGACCGAAAGACUGUUGAAGAACUCUUUGUUAAUCAAAAGAUUCAAGUUCUUAUCGCUACAGCUACUUUGGCGUGGGGUGUAAACUUUCCUGCUCACCUUGUUGUUAUAAAAGGAACAGAAUAUUAUGACGGUAAAACAAAACGUUAUGCAGAUAUGCCUAUUACUGAUGUAUUGCAAAUGAUGGGCCGAGCAGGUCGACCUCAGUUUGAUACGAGUGGAGUGGCAUGCGUUUUUGUUCAUGAUUUAAAAAAAAAUUUUUACAAAAAAUUUCUCUACGAACCUUUUCCUAUUGAAUCAAAUCUACUUGAAGUUCUUCCUGACCAUGUUAAUGCUGAAAUAGCUGCUGAAACUGUAUCAACUAAAGAAAAUCUGGUGGAAUAUAUUAAAUGGACUUAUUUCUACAGACGACUUCUGCAAAAUCCUACUUAUUAUAAUCUGGAUAAUAUAGAAGAAGAGACAGUACAAACAUAUUUAAGUGAUUUGAUUGAUAGUGUAAUUGUUGAAUUAAUUAAAACCAACUGCAUUUCAAUUGCACUACAUGAAGAUUUAUGCUAUUUUAAGCCAACCUUCUUUGGUCACAUUACUUCAUUUUAUUACCUAUCUCAUGAAACUGUAGCUCACUUCCAGAAGCAAUUUAAACCUACCAAUAGUAUCGAUGAUUUAAUACAAAUUCUGUGUCAAUCCCAAGAAUAUGCUCUUUUUCCAGUAAGGCACAAUGAGGAUAAAAUUAACGAGAAGUUAAUUCGAGAUCUUGGAAUAACAACAAUUAAAAAUGGUUCAACUGAUUCC